GACGGGGGCCCACCGGACCCUCACCACUCCAGGAAAAUCCAAGAGGAAGAAGGAUUUACGGAUAUCCUGCAUGUCCAAGCCGGCCAUGCCCAACCCCACCCCUCCGCGGAACCUGGACUCCCGGACCUUCAUCACCAUUGGAGACAGGAAUUUUGAGGUAGAGGCUGAUGACCUAGUGACCAUCUCGGAGCUGGGGCGUGGAGCCUAUGGGGUGGUGGAGAAGGUGCGGCAUGCCCAGAGCGGCACCAUCAUGGCUGUUAAGCGGAUCCGGGCCACCGUGAACUCUCAGGAGCAGAAGCGUCUGCUCAUGGACUUGGAUGUCAACAUGCGCACAGUCGACUGCUUCUACACUGUCACCUUCUAUGGAGCCCUCUUCAGAGAGGGAGAUGUGUGGAUCUGCAUGGAGCUUAUGGACACAUCCCUGGACAAGUUCUACCGGAAGGUGCUUGAUAAAAACAUGACGAUUCCAGAGGACAUUCUUGGGGAGAUUGCUGUGUCUAUCGUGAGGGCGCUGGAGCACCUGCACAGCAAGCUGUCCGUGAUCCACAGAGAUGUGAAGCCAUCAAAUGUCCUCAUCAACAAGGAGGGCCAUGUGAAGAUGUGUGACUUUGGGAUCAGUGGCUACUUGGUGGAUUCUGUUGCCAAGACAAUGGACGCCGGCUGCAAGCCCUACAUGGCCCCUGAGAGAAUCAACCCGGAGCUGAACCAGAAGGGCUACAAUGUUAAGUCCGACGUCUGGAGCCUUGGCAUCACCAUGAUUGAGAUGGCCAUUCUACGGUUUCCUUAUGAGUCCUGGGGGACCCCAUUCCAGCAGCUGAAGCAGGUGGUAGAGGAGCCAUCCCCCCAGCUCCCAGCUGACCGUUUCUCUCCCGAGUUUGUGGACUUCACUGCACAGUGCCUGAGGAAGAACCCUGCGGAGCGCAUGAGCUACCUGGAGCUGAUGGAGCACCCUUUCUUCACCUUGCACAAAACGAAGAAGACAGAUAUCACUGCUUUUGUGAAGGAGAUCCUGGGAGAGGACUCAUAGGGGGCAGGGCCUUGGAUCCCACUCUGGCCCUCUAGCACCCCUCUGCUAGGGCAGUGCUUGCCCACACCCAUAAGCUACUGCCACCCUGGCCUUGGGCAUUCCAGGAGGAAUUGAGGGGGCUGCUCCCAACUGCCAAAGAACCAGACUGUCGGGGUCCCCUGCCAGGCCCACUUGGGGCCCACCAGUGCCUCUGUCAUGCUACUCCAAGGACCCUAAGUCUCCAGUCCCAGAGGCCCAGGACUUGGAGGGACCUGGAUGCCCCUGCCAGAUGCUGCUGCCCCUCGCAGAGAAGGCAGCUGGUGCCUGUGCACAGACCACUGCCUUGGCCCAGCCGUGGAUGCCACCAAAGUUGUAUAUUUUUUUAUCUCUCGACUGAAUGGACUUUGCACAUUUUGAUCCAAAGUGGCUACACCUCUGUCCUGACAUCAAUAGGGAGGACACAGGGAUGAGCCACACGAAUCCCCCUGAGCCUACUACGAGGGAGAUGCCAGAGCCACUCCAGACCUUCACCCAGGCAAACGACCUCUAAGGGGCACCAAAGACCCCUAGCCUCUGCCUGCCACCUCUAGGGGUGGUGUCUCACUUUAAAAAAAAAAAAUUAUCCUCUUUAUUUUUUUUCUUUUGCUUUGUGGGUUUGGCUGGUUUUUCUUGCAUGGUUUGGAGCUGGUAACUUUUCUGCCACGCCCUAGGGGACCAGCCACCUGAGACCUACCCUCUCUGCUCAGGCUGGGGUCUAGGAGGAUGGGCCCAAGGUCUCUCCUCAGAGAGGUGCUCUCCUUGGGCACCAGCUUGAUAGGGGCUAUGGAUUUGCUUUUGGUGUUGUUUAAAAAAAGAAAAUAUAUUUUUUUGAAGAAAGGACUGCCUGUCCUGGAUCCUAUCCCUGAUGACUUAGGGGCAGUUACCUGAUUGCUGUUUUGAUUUUAAAAGCUAAAGUGGGUCAAAAGGUUGUGUGAGACUGUGUGUCACAGCGGCGAGCCCCACUCUUCGGUGAAGAUCUGUGGCCCUGGAAGGACCCAUUCCCCCUGGGACAGGGCUAGGGCGGUGUGAUCGGGGAGCAGGGUCUUGCUGACGUGCCAGAGCCCUGCACUUUCACAUAUGAGGACACCGAGCCUCCCAGAGGACUGUGAUGAGGCACCAGGCCCUGUGCUGGACACAGGUCCAAUCACUGGUGGGGUGCCUUUUUCCCCUCUUGAAGAGUGCUUUGUCAGAGGCACAGAGUGACGAGCAGUGCUGGGCCUGGAUAUUAUCACCUCAUCGAGGGUGUUCUGUUACUAUCUCAGGUUAUUAUGUUAUCCUUUUUCCAGAUGGAACUACAGGCCCAGAGACUUGAAAUAACUUGCCCAAAUCCCCAUAUCUUGUAAGAUGGAGAAAUCAUGGCUUGGGGGCUGGUAGUGGUCCCCUGGAGAGGGCUCUCAGAAGAGUGGGGGCAGCUCAAGCAAGGUCUCCUUGGCAGGGUCCAGUCUGGGUCUGUGAUCUUUGAAGGUUGGGCUGGGGCAGAAACGGUCCUCCAUCCUACUUCAGCAGAAGGGAAUUUAUGUGCUCAUUUGAGCGAAACUAUAUGCUUCAGGCACAGUUGGAUCCAGGAGUGUGAUUAAUACGUGUAGAACUUGUGUCCACCUUAGCUCUGUUUUCUCUGUCUCAGUUUCAUACUCUCCUCAUGGGGACAAGUCAGGACCCAGUGGCUCCCACCAGCUCAGCAAAGGGGUCCAGGGGUUCAGAUGAAGUCCCAGGGCUGCUUACUUGGUGGGAAGGGGUCACAUGCCCAUCCCCAAGCCAAUCACAAGCCAGAGGUUCAAACACGGGGUAGGGAGGGGAGUCAGCCCACCCACAUCUCAAGGUCUGAGAGAGCAGGGCAUUCCAGGGGAAAUUGGGGCAUGUUCCCAGGAGAAGGAACCGAUCUCCUUGGGGUCCAUCUCUCUACCUCAGUCCACCACUCCUCCCAUCCUUAGCUCAGCCGGUCUCCAAAUAGCCCUCAGUCUGGGACAGGCCUCUGCCUAUUAACCCUUCCCAAACACAGCCUUUAACAAUUUCAAGGAGCUUUUGUGCCGGUCCCUUCCUCCCUCCAUGAUGAAGGCUUGUUCUCACCUCCGGACCUUUGCACCAACUGUACCCUCUGCGUGGAGCUCCCUUCGCCACUAUUCCCUGGUCUCCCACGGGUGGCACUUUCUUAGGGAGGCCACCCUCCCCACCCCCCACCUCUGGUUCAGCUACUCUAGCUAGUCUAUCUGCUUUAUCUGGGCAGAUUUGACCUGCCACUAUUGUGUCCCCAGUGCCGACACCUAGCGAGCGCUCAGUCAACAUUUGGUGAAUGAAAACACGAAUAAAUGGAUCCCGAA